GGCUGGCCCCUCCCACCACACUCAGAGAGAGAGCUGCGUGUAUGAGGCCAGCAGCAGCAGAAGCUGACCUCUCUCUCUGCUCCUCAGCUCUCACUGCAGCCUUCCCACACUGUCCUGGGGUCGUCCUCCAGUCUGCUCCUAAGAGGAAGGAACAACAUAGCCAGAAUCCGGCAAUGUGUCCACAGUUGAAGAUGGUGCAGAGUGAAGAAAUGUCAAAGACUGAAAGAGAAAGACAUUGCUAAGUAAUGAAGAUUCCUGCUGUUCCCUUGUUUUCCAUUGUGUCUCUAUCUACUGUGAAUGAAGUUCACAGGGCGCAUAGGCAACACACUUUGACAAUCAUUCUAUGAGUGCGGUUUAUAUUUUGCAACUUCCUGAAGAUCUCCCCUGCAGACAAAAUGACUGGGCAACUAAGUGAAGAUACAUCUGAGUCUCCAAACCUAAACUCCGAUGAGCUGGAAUGCAAGAUAUGUUAUAAUCGAUACAAUUUAAGACAGAGGAAACCAAAAGUCUUGGGCUGUUGUCACAGAGUAUGUGCCAAAUGCCUUUAUAAACUUGUAGACUGCGUGGAGUCACCACAGUGCGUCAUUGUUUGCCCAUUUUGUAGGUUUGAGACCCGUCUGCCUGAGGAUGAAGUCAGUAGUCUCCCUGAUGACAACAAUAUCUUACUUAACCUUGCAUGCGGUGGGAGAGGGAAAUGCUCUGGAGACAAUCCUACCGAGUUGUUGCUUACUCCAAAACGUCUGUCAACACUGGUCACCCCAUCCCACAGUUCUACCAACUGCCUUGUGAUCACUAUUAUGGAAGUCCAGAGAGACAGUUCUCCAGCUCUCAAUGCCACCCCUGUAGUAGAGUUCUACAGGCCUUCCACGUAUGACCCAGUGUCAAUGCCUCAAAACUGGACAGUGUGGAACUGCACGUCUCUGAUCUGCCAAACCUCAGUGCGUGUCUUUGUUUGGUUGCUGGGAUUACUCUACUUCAGUUCCCUGCCUCUAGGAAUAUAUUUGUUGGUUUCAAAAAAGGUUACCCUUGGGGUUGUCUUUGUGAGCCUUGUUCCUUCCAGCCUUGUUAUACUAAUGGUAUAUGGCUUUUGUCAGUGUGUCUGCCAUGAAUUUCUGGACUGUAUGUCCACCUCAUAGAUCUGAAAGGGGAAAAAGAAUAUCCACAAUGUUAUUCCAAUUUCUUACAGAGCUAUAGAAAAUCUGCAUCUAAUGUAUGCACAGUGGGGCAGUUAAACCACUUAUACAAUGCCACAAAAGUUCAACUACUUCACCCAACAUGCAAGUACAGUAACUACUAAGAAACAUCAGGAUAAUAGAGCUGUGGCUUCCCACUGGUCCACUAAGGCUCCCAUGUAAGAAGCAUGCUUGCACAGUGGACAGAACAUGCAGAUUUUGUCUGGAAGCAUUAUUACUAUCUAUCUAUCUAUCUAUCUAUCUAUCUAUCUAUCUAUCUAUCUAUCUAUCUAUCCUCUCUCUCUCUCUCUCUCUCUCUCUCUCUCUCUCUCUCUCUCUAGAUAUAUAUAUAUAUAUGUAUAUAUAUAUAUAUAUAUAUAUAUUGCUGACUACUCAAAUAAGAUGAUUUAAAAUAUAAGAAAGCAAGAACUUUUAGCAUAUUGUUAGUAUUUAAUUAUUGUCCUUAGUUAUUUACGAAUUAGAGGGCAGUUUUCUUUUCUUUUUGUACUGUACAAAGGUUACAUUUGCUUAUGUUUCCUCAGUAACCGCUUUGAUCCCACGGCUGCAAAAGGGAGAAAUAAGCAAUUGAAUUCUGAUAGUUUCUGUUUUGUAAUUCUACAUUGUCACAGAAAAGCUGAGAUUGCAAUCUUAUCAGAGUAUCUGCAGAUAACACGGCAUUGCUCUGACUACAUUUCUUGUUAACGUUAGUAAAGUGAUAACUCAGGGAAAAAAAUAAUGUCUAUUCCUGACCUAGGAAAUGUGAUAUUAUUUGCUCUAAUUUAAUAGAGCUGAGUAAAUAUUGGCCUUAGAUACUGUGUGAAAAAUUCCUUAAAACAGUGAUGAUUGUACACAUUAUCAUAGAAAGCAGUGUCAAGAAUGUGUUUUAAAUACAUUGUUUAUGCCAGGGAUCUGCAACCUGCAACCAAAAGUCAUACUACAAUCUGGAUGAAAAAUAACUUGUACCCUUCUCCUAUAUACUUCAUACUGUAGGUAAAAAUGAUAAUAGGUUGUGUGUUAGUACCUUUCUUAUAUUGUAUGUGCAAAAGCCAUAGGACAGAGGAACUUCAUAUAAAAUGCUGUGCUUGAUUAGUGAUGUCACUUAUAUAAUGAAUGGUUUUCAUUAUCAUAAAUAUUGGUUGAACCACAAAAUAGAUGCCGUCACUGUGUGCAGGCAAUGGAUCCAUGCUAAUCUUACUGUUUAUCGGACAAAUUACUGCCUUGGAGGGAACUAUUUUUUAAUAUUGCCACUACCAUAUAUACAGUACUAGCAGGUUGCAGACCUCUUUUCUAAGCUAGCUUAUUGUAUAGAUUUGUUUGUAUACUCUUUCAUUUUAAUACUUGACUCAUAAUUAUCGUUAGGGAAAGCUGAGUGGCAAUGUUAUUUACCAUUCACCUUACAAUAAUAAUACUAAUAAUUAAAAUAAUAAUGAUAUUUUUUAAGACUAAAUGCAGAAGGGUUGCUCCAUAAUGCAUUAACAGCAAUGUUCGGACACAUAGAACAGUAUACAGCUGCCC